GGGAAGUGAAAAUGACUGAGGCACUUGUUUGAGACCGAUACAGAGUGUGAAAUAGAUACUUCUCAAGCCAAACCUGGUCAGAGAAGCACCAUGGCCUGCGCCGAUGUUGACAUGAGCAUCCAUGGAGAUGAUGACCAGCCACGCAAAGCUGCGCACAGAGAGCCGCUGUUGGUGCAACAUUACCAGGCUUUAGAGCUUGUGCCGGACGACAAAGGGCCGCUGCAUGACCUUCUGCAGAAACAACCUGCUGUGUUGGGGUCUCUGCAGAUGGUGAGCGGUCUCUUCAGUUUUGCAGUGGGAAUUCUUUUUGCAGUAACCCAGGAGAUGACACAGUCCCUCUUCACUCUGUUCAGAGUCUCCCUCCUGAGUGGAGCACUCUACAUCAUUGCUGGAUGUGUUUCCAACCUGCUGUUCAGAUAUCCAGAAUUGCUACCUAUAUCCUUCGGGGUGAACUGUGGCUGCAUUGUUGUAGCUGUAGUUUCAUCUUGUCUGAUAAGUGUCGACCUGGCUGACUGGUCUCUGAAAAAUGAUCAGCAUUUGAGGAUGGAGGUGCUUGAACUUUGCGUGCUGGGGCUUGAGAUUUUUCUCUCCGCAGUCCUCUGCUUCUGGUUCGCUAAAGAGAGACGUGCCAAAUCACCAUGAUCGAGCUGAAGAAGAUGACAUUUGAGGAAAUUAAUACUUCAAAUUAAGUGUUUGCAUGCAGAGGACCAGGUGGCUGUAUAUUAGGACUUAAAGUAAAGAAGUUAAGAGACUGUAUCAGCAGACUUGUUUAUUUUUUUUGUACAUCAGGCAUGGCUUUCUGUUCUAUCUCGAUUGCUUUUAUCAGAGCUGUAACCCCUGCUGAACAGGCUCGGGGCUGUGGUCUGCGUCUGAUGUUUGACUCGGACCGAGAGCACAGUGCUUGUGGUAAAUAGAUGUCAGCUUCUGUCAUGUGAAGGAAAAACCACCCUUCAUCCUCCUCAACCUCUGCGUCUCUCUGUGCAACGGUAGUAGUUGGCCUCAUAGUGCUGCUCUGUCAGUCUACCUGCGAGGGUCUCUGUGUGUGGUUUUACACUUGUGCUUUUUUAUCAGUGGAAAUAUCUGCAACGUGUUUUCAGCUGCAGUCACACUUACAGCUGGUUUCAGAAAACUUUACUGAGCUAUGACAGAUUUGUGUGUUAUAUAGUCAUUUCUAACUGGAAACACUUAAUUUCAUGUGAAACGUCACUGUGCCAAAGAAAUGAACACAACAUGUUUUAAACAUUUUAAUCAUCUGUACAAACUUAUAACAGGACUGGCGACAAAAGAAAAGAAAUAUGACAGUACAACAUUCUCUGGGUUGAUCUGCCUGCUAUUUUUUUUGUUUGUAAAAUACAUAAAAAACUCAUCUACAAUAUAAACACUGAUUCAUACCUAGUUCAUUAAAACAAAUGUACAGACCACAGACGUACCAUCAUGGCAGUGUAUAUUAUGUGUCAAUUUCCAAUUUACAGAAUCAUAAUGAAAUGUCAUAUAACAGUUGAGCUUCAUCCAUUAAAGUCUUAGUGCUGCAAA